AUGGAAUUAUCGGAACAUAAUGGUUUCAAGGAUACAAAAGCUGUGAUAGAACAGAUUAAAGCGAUUGAAUCUCCAAUCAAUCAAACGACAAUAUCAGAGGCCAGUUCAGCCACACGAACUCCAUGGCAAGACCGCCUUGCAGAGCUGGCUCAUCUCGCGUCUGCAUUCCUCAGUCCAGAUAACAGGGACAUCAACGCAGAUCUUCUGAUUCAUGAGCACCUCGAUGCCAUUGAAGCUAUCCUUCGUGGUCCGCAAGCGGAGCUGUCGCAGGAGGUCGCGUGUGAAGGUCGGCGGAGAAGCUUUCGCACACGGUCUUUGCUAGGAGAUCGUGAUGCCUCGGAGUUGAAGGAGCCGGAUUGGCUAGCGAAGAGCCGAUUUGACGAACAGAAGCGAAAGGAAACAUCGGCUCAGCUUACGACGCUUUUGGAAGAGAUCACUGCCUUGAAUCAGGAACUGCAUCAGCGACAUGCGGAGUCUGUUGAGAUCCGGGAGGUGUAUGAGGACCGGUGUCGUGGAUUGGCAAGGACGGUGGCUGAAUUGGAGGAUGAAGUAUCGGAGCUCCGCUCGGAUCUGGUGGAAGACGCAGUUGAACUGGAAGGAAUUCAGGGAACAGUUCGUGGCCUGCAAAAUUGGAUUCAAGGGAUGCAAGAAGAACAAAACAAGAUACGGGCCAUAAGAGAUCUUCGCCGAAAAGCCAAGCGAGGAUGGGGUCGUAAACGCAAUGAUGAAGGUGAAGCAGAAGGAGAGAUUGUACUGGAUGGCCUGAACGCGUGGAUGCGUGGAUGGAAAGAUGUUGAAGAUGGAUUUCAGGUCCGAGCGCGAGGGCGGAGAGCAAGGAGAGAAGAGAGACAGCGCCAGCUGUUAAGACUCGAUAAUGUUCAGUAUAAAUCUGUAUAG